CGCGACAGAAGGAAAGGAGCUACAAACGUUCUAGAAACUACUCUAUUCUUUAUACCAAACGUGCAAAUGUUCGACCUCGUAUCGAAAGCAAACGUUUAUUCCUCCAAUUCAGCGAAUCGAAUGGAACAGCAUGUUAGGAUAACGCUUAUUUUAUCCUUUCUCACGCAUACGUACAUACGUAUGCGCGCACUCUUAUCUUUCUAAGCUCACUUUAUUCCUCGCGUGUUCUUCCUCCAACUGCUUCGGUAGAUACCACGCUAUAGGUCUCAAUAAUCUAACGCGCUGUUGUAGAAAUUCUUAUCGAAAGAAAAAGACGAAGGUGAGUAAUCGAAACGCGAGUGAUAUUGAACGAAAGACUCGAAGCAGGAAGAAAGAGAGAAAGAAAGAGGGAGGGGGAAGAAGAGAAAGAGAGAAAGAGAGAGAGAGAGAAAGAGAAAGAAAGAGAAGGAGAGAGAAAAAAAGGGAGUGAGACCGAAAGAGAGGCUUGUAUUCGCCACUGGCAGGACCCUUUCCAAAGUUAAUGAUUCGAUCAUUGCGACGGGUGGUAGCAGGGUGGUGGAAACGAAUGGCGUGGGUCGAAGUAGUAGGAGAAGUGCCAGAGAAGUGCAGGAGAGGAUCAGACCGCGCAAGAAAGUAAGCCCGAUCUCAGUUCGAACGGUUCACCGCGAUCGGCUCACUCCGUCUUUGGUUUUACCGGUUCGCUGCGCGCUAUUCGAUCGCACACGAAGAUCCUUCCGGUACUUUGUUGACCGACCAACGACGUCUCCGUGGAUAUGCCGCUCCGCUUCCGGCGCUUCUGCCCGCUGCCUCUUCCAACGCACGGAAGUCCUUUGACACCCCUGAUGCACGUAGCUGGAGGCUCGAGUUACGCUGUAAAAUCAUGCGUUGACUUGGCGUUACCGACUAUUUUAAAACAAUGGUGGCUUUGGUGGUUACUUUUACCAGGAUGUUUCGCAUCUUGGACCAAGUACAUCGAAGAGUACGACACUAUCAGAGUUGCUAGAUGCGAUGUUCGUUGCGGUGGCAAUUAUCCUGAUGAAUGUAUGGAAAAUUGCUUGGCAUCCAAUUACACAAAACCUGGUCACUGUCCUGAUAAAGCAUCCAUGUCACCCUUUGAAGCUGUUUGUUUGAUAGCUUGCGUCGAUGACUCUCGUUGCCCAGAUUUAGCAAAAUGUUGCAGACAUGAUUGCGGUGUCACAUGCAUGCAUCCCGUCGGUUUAGACAAUGUAACUGAUUUACCCGUGAUACCCAGGAAUGUCCAAAUCAGGCAACAAAAGAACAACUUAGUUUUUUUGACUUGGUAUAAUUCUAAGGCACAGCGUAUCGAUGAGUCUACCGGAAUCAAAGGUGUGAGGUAUUUGGUGGAGGAACGACAUUUACUUGGACCAAGGUACCUGGAAUCUAGAUCAAGUCCAUGGAUUGUUCGUCACGUUUCAUCGAAGUCACACGCAACGAUUCGAGAACGAUUAAAGACAGGACACUGGUAUCAAUUUCGUGUAGCAGCCAUCAAUGCAAAUGGAUCCCGAGGAUACUCGGAGCCUUCCAAACCUUUUAAAACAAAAGACCCACGGAAUCCAAAAGAACCACAAAACUUGACUCUAUCCGAUGCGCGACUGGUAGAUGGAAAACUGCGUAUUACUCUAAGAUGGAGUAAACCAGCUUCGGAUGUGCCGAUAACAUUUUACAAAGUGUUUUGGAGCCGCCUUGUUCACGGACCGACUAAUGAUUCCAUUCUCGUUUAUCAUAGAACAGUUCUGAAAGACAAAACGUGUUACGAACUGAAAAAUUUGGAACUGAGGUGUCAGUACUUCCUUCAAGUGCAAGCUGUUGCACUGUACGGUGGCCGGCGAUUGUUGUCGCGAAAAGCCUCGAAAGUUUUCAAUAGCACCGAUUACAUGGCAUACGCCGAUUUGGGGAGGCGAUCUCGCAGAUGCGAGCGAUACCACGGCGAUCUUCAUCUACGGCGAAUGACUUGUCACUGCGGCGAGGUCAAGGUACGUUUGGUUUGGCCGAUGAACCACGAUGUAAAGGCGUACAACGUCUCCUGGAGAGAGGCAUCCUGCUCAGCUUCGCAGGAAAAACUCAUAUCCCGUCGGAAGAAAACCUGGUGGAAACUUGUUCAGACACCGCAUCUUGAAAUAAAACAUCUUCAAAGUGAAUGCACAUACAACGUAAACGUACGAAAUGUAUUCAAUAAUAUAAAUAAUGAUGACAAUGGUGCCAGUAUAGAAUUCGUUACCACUGGUUGUUCGAACGAGUCAGAAGAACAAAAAGACGGCAAGCUCUUACAUAAUAAAAUAAUCCAAUGUAAAACCAAGUCGUCAAAGAGAAAACGACAUUACGCUACUUAUCUUUAGCAAAGUAGCUCCUUGCCAUAAGUAGAUAUAUAUGAUCACUAUUUUUCGAAAUUACGUAUUCAAGUAUACAAAUAAACUUAAUUAGUUCCUUAAAUGCUUAUGCUAUGUACUCUUAAUUAACCAUAAAGAGGAUAACAAAUAAAAUUUUAAUUUUAUAAUCUUUAUAUUCUCCGAAAGAAGUAUACGUCAUAAAACGAUUGUGACAGAAUAUUAUCAUUAAUGGUGAAAGAUUAGCCAGUUACCUACGUUGUUAAUAUGUCUAAAUGCUACUCUAGCUGGUUUUUUGUUAAACAUAAAAUCAUUUACAAAGAUAUACAUUAUGUACACAUGUCGUUUAUCACAUCACUAAUUAUAUACAACGCGGUUGUAUUAUUCAUUCUCAUAUGCUCUACACAUAUAAUGACUUGCUUCACUGUCGCGUACAUUUGAUUUAUUGUUAUAUGUCACUGAAUCUUACUCGUGUACACGUCGAACGCUUACGAUAUAACUUUAUUACGAAUAUACUACGUGCAUUAUACGAAACAUUUUGAAAUUUUGUCAGCACUAUAAUGUGACACAACAGUCGUGAUUAUAAUAUAGUAAAAUAUGAAACCAUUCCGAAAAUCCAUAUAAAAGUUAGCGUACAUUUACGAUUAAAUCAGACGGACCAUUUUAGAACCAAAUCUUGUGUUACUUGUGAACAGUCACGAAUCAUUAUGGAAACGCAUAAUAGUACUCAUACGGACCAGUUUCCUUAUUUGUUUUUCUACCUCUUAAUUCAUCUUCCUCCUCCUUCGCUUCAUCCGAACUCUCCUUUCCCCUAUCUUGCCCCCUCUCAUUAUUGCUAUGUGCGAAGGAUGAAGUGCAAUCAACGCCCGAAGUGGGUCCCACAUGUUCUCUUACGCUCUGUAUUUAUCGAAAGUUUCUCUAGAAGUGUUUGCUUUCACGAGCUACUGUACUGCAUUUAUCUCUCUUACAAUCAUAAUCCUUUUAUA